UUGUAUUUCCCGCACUUUAAUGGACCAAUCACAGAAUUGGACGAAACUUUACGAUGAAGUGUCCAUACGAUCUUAGGCACGGAAAUCAAACUAUCAUACCCAGAAAAUGGAUGUGUCUGAAAUAGUAGCAUUUAAUCCUGAUAAAGGAAUAAAAAGGAUUUUUAAAGAUCUUUCAACCGUCAAAAGUGAUAAAAAUAUGAAAUUUGAUUCCCAAAAAGAUUUAAAUAAUAUUAAACCUGAAGAAAUAGCUAAAUAUCUAGAAAAUUCUGACGAUGUAGAAAUCGAUGUAUUUGAUGAAAAUGCCUUGAAAAGACUAAUAUUAUUAUUUGAAAAAAGAAUAUAUAAAAAUCAAGAAUUACGUAUAAAAUUUAAUGAUACCCCAGAAAAGUUCUUAGAAUCAGAACUCAACUUACAUAAUGUUAUCCAGCAAAUGCAUAUUAUCUCAACAACACCAAAAUUAUAUUACAUAUUGGUAGAAUUGAAUUCAAUUAAUUCUAUUAUAAAUUUAUUAUCUCAUGAAAAUUCUGACAUAUCAAUAGCAAUUUUAUCAUUGCUUCAAGAGAUGACUGAUUUAAGUGUGUCAGAUGGAAUAUUGGAGGACUAUGAGUCAUUAGAAUCAUUUAAUACCUUUAUUGAAGCUAUGUUAAAUACACAAAUUAUUCAAUGCAUUGUGCAAAAUAUGGAAAGAUUAGACGAAUCUAUAAAAGAGGAAAGUGCUGGUAUAUAUAAUUCAUUAGCUAUUAUCGAGAAUCUUUCAGAAAUAUAUCCAAAUAUAUGUAAAGAAGGCAAUCCUCAGGAAGAAUUACUACUUUGGUUAAUAAAAAGAUUAAAACUCAAACUUCCUUUUGAUUCUAAUAAAUUGUAUACCAGUGAAAUACUUGCAAUAUUCCUUCAAAAUCAUGAAGGGAAUCGCUUGCAUCUAGGAAAUUUAGGUGGCAUAGAUGUAUUGUUGCGCCAAUUAGCUAUAUAUAAAAAACAUGACCCUGAAACUAGCGAAGAAUAUGAAUUUCUUUUUAAUUUAUUUGAUUGCUUAAGUUUAUGCUUGCUAGAUCCUCAGAAUCAAGAAAAUUUCUUAGAGGGUGAGGGACUGCAACUUAUGAAUUUGAUGCUCAGGGAAAAAAAACAGUCACGUUGUGGAGCCAUAAAAAUUUUGAAUCAUGCACUAAUGAAAUCAAAAGUCAUCGCUUGUUCUGAAAAUGACGUCAUUGAAAAUGAUAUAUCCAAUCGAUGUUGUAAUAAGUUUGUUGAAAUUUUGGGGCUGAGAACCAUAUUCCCUAUUUUUAUGAAAACUCCAAAUCUAACAAAAAACAAAGUCGGUUUAUCUAAAUUUGAAACGGAGGAACAUAUUAUAUCAAUAAUUGCUUCACUUUCCAAAGGAUGUACUGGACAGGCAAAGCAACGAUUUUUAACUAAAUUCAUUGAAAACGAUUUAUCUAAAGUCGAUCGUUUGGUUGAAUUUCAUUUUUCCUACCUAAGCAAAAUUCUAAAAUCGGAUAAUGAGUUAGAACUUCAGAAACAAAAAAUGAUUGAUGAAGGUGAAAUCAUUGACGAAUCAAUGGAAGAAGAAUUUUACUUAAAAAGACUUGAAAAUGGAUUGUACACUCAACAAAUGAUUGAUUAUAUUAUGAUUGAAAUCAGCGCAUCUGGUGAUCCGUCGAUAAAAGAAAGGAUUAUGCAGAUUCUAUUGUUGCGAAGAGGCUCAAUAAAAACUAUACGAGACAUUAUAUUAGAAUAUGCUGGUAACUUGGGAGAAAAUGAUAAAGAUUUCUCACAAACCUAUCAACAACACAUAUUAUAUUUAAUUGAUAAAUUUUAACAUAAUUACAUGAUUGUAAAGGUUAAUAUUAAUAUAACAAUAAAUAUAAAUUAUACGAGUAAUUUUUUCCAAAAUGCUU